UUCAAAUGUUAAGAAUACCAAAUGGAAAUUAAAUGUAGGAAGAAUGUGCCAAUUGGUAUACAAAUUGAUGUUUACUGGGAAAACUCUAUUCCAGAAUAAGGUGAUUAGAGUUAGGGUGAUUAUCAGCAUAAUUUAUUGUGAUUAUCAACAUAAUGUUCUUAGAAAUUUCUCUAAUGUUUUAAAAUUAAAAGUUUGAUAUGCUGAUAUUUAAUUUUGUGUUCCUGAAAAAACAACAGAUAAGCAAUGGAACUUCAUCUGUGAUAGUCUCAAGGAAACGACCAUCUGAAGGAAACUACGAAAAGGAAAAAGACUUGUGUAUUAAAUAUUUUGACCAGUGGUCUGAAUCAGAUCAGGUUGAAUUUGUGGAACACCUUAUUUCACGAAUGUGUCACUAUCAGCAUGGACAUAUUAAUUCUUACUUAAAGCCCAUGUUGCAAAGGGAUUUCAUCACUGCUUUACCAGAACAAGGCUUAGAUCACAUAGCAGAGAACAUCUUAUCCUACCUUGAUGCCAGGUCGCUGUGUGCAGCAGAGUUGGUUUGUAAGGAAUGGCAGCGGGUUAUUUCAGAAGGCAUGCUAUGGAAGAAACUUAUUGAGAGAAUGGUACGAACUGAUCCACUCUGGAAGGGGCUGUCAGAAAGAAGGGGCUGGGAUCAGUACCUGUUUAAAAACAGACCUACAGAUGGCCCUCCUAAUUCAUUUUACAGGUCGCUGUACCCAAAGAUAAUACAAGAUAUAGAGGUAUGUUUUCGAAAACAUUGUUGUAAACUAUAUUGAGCCUGGAGCUGCAUUUUCACACAAUUUUAUUCUUACACCAUGUAUUUUUAAAUGAGUUUUUGUGGCAUAAGGAUUUUAGCUUUAAUAAAUCUUGGCAUCCUAGCUGCCUUGGUAAGGCUAUUCUGGUAGAAUGGGUUUUUUAAAGUUGUACGAAUCGGUGCUCAUGGAGUCAAUUUAAGAUUCCUAGCAAUGUGAGAUUAAGCAAGCACUAUAAAAAAAAGAAUUGAGAAAUACAGUACAGUUGAAAGGGUAAAUAAAUAUAGUAUAUGCAAAACUUACUGAGUUUCAAGAGAACAAGCUAUUGUAUGUUAUAUCAGUUUGAAGCCUUAUAUACCACAGCUGUCCACAAGGAACUGUUUUGCACAUGGUGGUUGCUCCAUUUAUUUUAAUGGAGGCAAAAGAUCUUUGUGUGCAUUCCUUUUUUCUCCUGUGUGGCUAUAGGAACAAUGUGUAUAUCUGUGUUUCUGUGGGCAGGAGAGGUAUGUGGAUCAGAGCACAUACGAACUGAACAAAAGAAGAAGCUUUAGUAUUUGCAGCUCUCUUUCUCCACUAUCACUACUUGGCUUUGCUAAAAACAAAUAAGUACAAAAAUAUUUGUUAAAAUAUUUUGAUCCUCACAUUUCUCUUUGGAGUUUUAUUUAGAAUACAGUAAUAUGACCACUUACAUUCCUUGUUCAAGCCUGACAAUCAGGCAAUGUACGCCUCAAAAUUUAAGAUAUGAGAAUUUCUGUUCUGCCUCAAAACUGUGUUUUUCUAGGGGUUAAAAUAUGGUAGAGCACAAAAAGGAGAGGAGUGCAAAGGAAGUGGAGCAUUGUUUUUUGCCUCUUGUCUGUCCUUCCCAAUAGUAAGAGUCAUGUGGGAAGUUAACAUGCAUGCUUCCAUCCUAGCAAACUAUUCCUCUUGGCUGUUUAUUCCAGCUGUUGGAAUACAGAAUUGGAAUACAGAAUUGCACUAAUGCAGUAUGCUGAUGAUUCACUGGAUAAUUCUGCCAGUAAUGUGUCAGUGUUGUACACCCCCAGGAUUGCAUAGGGAGAAUAUUUUCCCCCUAUACAGGGAGGGAGAAACUUUAAAACCUGCCUUUUCAUCAAAUACUUAGACUAUUUAAAAAGGGAAGAUUAUUUCAGAGGUAUUACUUUAGCAGCACCCAACUGGUAAGAUUGCUUCUCCUUUCUGGGGAGAAUGUUUUUUAAUCUUCCUGUGCUUGUAAAAAGAGCCUGGGUUCAGUUUCUAAAUAAAAGGAUGUUUGCUUGGUUUUUGGACAAUGAUUCCAGUUGAAUCAAAAAAAGUAUGGAAUUAUAUUAAUUUUCAAAGGUACAAUGUUGUAAGGUAUCUAGGAUCUGUAAUGAUCUCUGAUACCUUGUUUGUGCUCUUCUCUUCAAUUUUCUAGAGUCAUCAUUGAAAAAAAUAUAUAAAUAUAUCUUCUCCUAAGCUGCUUCAUCAACAUAACUAUUAUACUAAAUGACUUUUCAUCAUACUGAGGUCAUUUAGGUCAAUACCAUGGAUAUGCAGUGUUUCGUUUUCUCCCAUUAACUAUUAAGUGGCAUCUGACUCAGUCUUUCAAUGAAACUGAUUUUUUUAAGCAUCAUGGGAAGGUAGUUUAAAGCAGUGUAGAACUGAUCAUGGGACACACUGUGCUAGAUUGAAAGACGCGCAUGACAAAGGCUCAAGGAAGCAUUUGUUGGUCCCAUAGUGUUAUGUGGCAUACCACCUGUGAAUUUGAGGGGAGUUCAAGAGUGAUCUGUGCUAUGGUAAGGAAAUAUGCUGUUCAGAGGAAAAAGUUACUAAUUCUACUGGACCUGCCAUGUGGAAAUAUAGAAGCAAAGAUUAAGAAACAAAGCAAUCUGUUGGCAUCUUACAAGACACACUUACUCACCUAGUUCUCCUGUAACACUAGCACAUGGUUUAUUUGACCAAUGAGUUGGGGAACUCAGGAUUGUUGUGAUGUGUGAAUCCAGUCAUGUGAACAAAUCAUAGUAUGUUAACCACAAACAACCCAGGAAGAGAGUACAUGGUUUGUUGUUCAUUUUCAACUCUGGAUUGGUUAAACCUUAAGUUAUCAUCUGUGAACUCAGAGCCUUGAGUUAUUCCUAGGUUGUUUUUGUCAAGCUUCAAAAGUGGCAGGCACAAAUGAUUAAACAAAAAAAUAAAACAGAUCCUGGAACUGAGUGCUCUUAACAAGCUCAAUCCAAACAUUUGUAUAUUUUCCCCUGUGAAGAUUUGUAUUUUUAAAGUGCAAGAGCCCAGGUUUUUAGAAAAUUAUAAUUCCAGUAAAACAUCUAGUAAAUGUAGAAGGGUGUAAUUGUCAUGUGUGUGGAGGGGAGUUAAAAUUAUUCUCUUAGUGUGAGAUUUUAGUAAACUCCCCUGCAAUGCAAAAUUUGGUAAAAAUCCAUUGCAGUGGGAAGGUAUGAUUUGCACACAGUUCAACCAUAAGAAAUCGUGUGUUUGAUGUUCCCAUUACUACCAAUAGAAAAUUGACUGUGGAAAAUGUAACAUACUCAUCUUGUCUGAAGGAUACUUGUGUUUUAGAGCAUCACAUUUGUACAUAAGUAAUGCCUUUCUGGUUACAAGUUUUUGCAUUAAGGGACAACUUAGUGCAAAUAGUUUUUAUUAUAUCUAUUGAUGGUUUGGCAUUCUGUUUUUUACUAUUUGCAGCCUGCUCAGUCCCAGUGGUUUCAGUCAGAUCUCUAAGAACAAUAAGAGAAAAUAAACCAGACAUUUAAAAAUGCUGAAAACAACUUUACAUAU